UGUUAAAAAUGCUUUUAAUAUUUCAGAAAUAUGUUCUGCGUAUGAACCAGAUUAUUUAAAUUACGCCAAUAUGUACGCAGACUGGAGCUCUCUCACAAUUCAGCUUCAGUCCCUUGGAUCUGCUACGCAAUCGGUUCUUUCGAAACUUCCCCAAGAUGAUGGAAAACAGGUUGUUGCUGCUGUUGUUAAAACUGUUGCCUCCCAUCUGGGAAUAACGGUUCCCUCUGAUGCAAAACCCUCCACACUAAAUACUGAACAGGAAGUGAACUGGUGCAUGGAGGUCAUCUGUCAUGGCCUCUGCCUGCCUCUAACUGAACAUGAGGUCAUCCGCGACAGUGUUAAUAUCUACUGUGAAUGGCUCUCUGCUCUACUCCCCAACCCUAAAGUCUGUGUUCCGAAACCAGUUCAAGAAGACCCAAACUUUUAUGCUCAGAAGAUAAUCACACAGUUAAACCAUCUGUUUAUUCCUAGGAAAGGAGAAGAAGAGCACUUACUCAACACAAUAGCUGACAAAAAUGCAAAGGGUCGAAAUACAGCCCAGGAUACGAUUCAUAGACAAGCUGUAGUCUGUCAUAGAGUACUCAGAAGAGUUCAAGAGCUAGCUCAUCAAUCCCAGAUAAUGGAGCGGGGUACUUGGGAUGCUCUUCUCUCCUUCCUUCUAGCAAUCAACGAUGCACUUCUUUCUCCCCCUGCUGUCAAAGAUGAUAUUGGCGAUCAGCUGUGUGAACGUGUGCUGGGCGUAUUAUUUGAGAUUUGGUUAAUCGCCUGCGUUAAAUCAUUCCCUGGUCCCACCCUCUGGAAAACACUAAGGGAGAUGUGCAUGAACUGGAGACACAGAGCAGGACUUGUGACGCAAUGGAACCGUGUCAAUCUAACCUUAACGUCUCGCUUGAUCGCGUUCCUAUAUGGUCCAAGGUUCCCGGUUCUAAAUAUUCCUAAGGAAGAUAUGGAUUUGGUUCCGACUGAGAUGACCCAUGAAUGUGUAGCACAGUCCUGGUAUAGAUUCCUUAACUGUCUGGGAAACCCUGUGGAACUAUCAAAACCGGUUUCUGUCAGCGACACUCAGCAGUUCAAAGAGUACGCGCUGAAAUCCUUCGGUGUGAUAGAUCCAACCUACCACCCCUGUCUGGUCUCUCUUCCCACAAUCUUCCUCAGGGCCAUGAAGGGGGUCUCCGCUAUAGUAGAUGCAUAUCUAGGUGUGUACAAUAGCCUGCACCUGGAUCAGGAUAUCCCUGAACCUGAACCUGUCUCCGCUCUGCUUAACAAUCCUCUCAUUCCUACUCCCCCUGCAUCCCGAAAAAAUAUUAUUCUUGGAUUGGCGGCACAAGCGCAUUCUCAUAUGUCAAGUAUUCCAUCGCGCGCGCAGAAUAGAUCGCUCAAGGACUCGAUCAUAAAGACGCCGAUAAUGCGUGAGCGAAGUGACGUGGGAAAGUCUCAGAGUGUGAUUGGUCGACCUACGGCCAAAGACUCUGUGGUGGAAAAGACGGCCUUGGGCCGGGCAAUCUCUGUGGAUGGAAACGCGCUUCCGAAUCUUGAAGGAUUACCACGGGCUGGUCAGAUUAUGUCUAUGAGUAGAUCUAGCUCAGCUACAUCAGCUGCAGUAUCAACUACAUCAUCUACAAGUAUGAACGUGUCUACACAAAGCAUCGUGAAUUCAACGGCAGUAUUGGCCGCUGUAACAGGUACACUAUCUGAUCAGCAUAAUUUAACUCCCUCACCUCUCCGACCCUCCUGCAACUCUAUUCUUCAUCUAUUUGGUCUAUGGCUCUUUGAGGCGGCUUUUAUUGGAACUGAUGCUGCUAAGACUGGAGGAUCUAAAAAGGAGCAGACUGGUAGUUCUCGGCCCUCUAGUUUAUCAAAAGGAAACACAACAAUGACUUCUGAACCUGUAGACCUACCACCAGGACUAACUCCAGACAAGUUUGAGUCUGGACGAGCUGAAGCUCUGGGUGCGCUGUGUCGUGUGCUUUGCUCUAAGAGAACUGGAGAAGAGAUCCUACCCGUCUACCUUGCUAGGUUCUACCUAGCAGUACAGAACGGUCUCACAGUAGGACAUGAUAAGGUUGUAUCGGAGAGUUUGGCAAGUAUUCUCCUGAACUCCAGUAAUCUGCUGAGAAUAGAUCUGGAUGGAGUAAACGUCCUCGCUCCAAGCAUUGUCUCUGCUCUAGAGGCUGUUCUCCCAGAAAAGGAGGUAAAACUAACCGCCAGCUAUGUUAACAAAGCUGACCUGCGUCGAGCAGCGAUACAUUUACUGCAAUCCAUGCUCACUCUACCUCUUCACUUCGCUAACAUGCAGAUCAAGGAGUUAUUGCCAAUUGGAGAGAGACCAGCGGUGAACAACUUUAACCAGCUCAAACCUAGGCUGGUCAACCUUCUAAUUAACGCCCUUCAGGUCGAGGUUGAGGCCGUGAAUACACAGAUGUUGUUGGGAUGUUUGCUCAUGACAGUUCAGGAUGCCGCGGCACUAGAGGAAGCAGAGCUCAGACAGAACGACGGGUUUUCUGAUAACUCCGCUAGAAACUCGGCUGGUGUUUUUCAAGCCGCAAGUGAUUCAGUGAGCAUGAUGAGUGAUUACACGAGUAUUUCUGGAGACAGGCAUAGUCUUCAGGAGCAUAUGCUAGAUGCGUCAUACGCAGAUAAUGUCACCGAUUCUGCUCAUGCACUGUUUGUCCGAGCCACCUAUCUAGUCUGUCAUAGGUUAAUCUCGAGCUGGAAAAGUGAUUUAGCGACAAGUCUAGCAGCACUAGAACUACUCAGGGGUCUAGCCAGGAUCAAUAUUCCAGAACAAGGUCUCAUUUUAUUUGAAUCAUUCAAUAUUUACAGAAGAUUAUGUUUUUGCAAAAUUACAUCGAUGCUUAUGUUUUUUUGCCAAUCAUGGAUAUCUCUUAUAUUUAUUUAGUAAUUUAUUUACUAU